AUGGAGGCCACUGCAGUGGUAGCAACAGCUUCUGGUAAAGCCUACUACAGAAAUGGAGGAAACCUCCAGAAAGAUGAGCCUUCUAAUUCAAAGAAGGGAAAAUUGUUAGUAAUUUCCAAUGGUUGUAAGGAAAUCGGAUGUACUGUUCCUGGUGACGACUGGGAUUCCAGGUCAGAGCGAAGAGCUAAUGGCAAGGAAAUCAGCAAUAUUGACCCAAUAGAUUUGUUGGCACCAUCUUGUUCAGUGAGUGAAGAUACUAACAGAGAGGGUACUCACUCUCAAUCAAGUGGGUUUGAAGAGAGUAUUGAUUAUGUUUUCUUGAAUGAAACAUACUCUAUACGUUAUUCAGAUUCCAAGCUAAAAAAUGAAAGUCAUACUCAUUUAAAUUCAGAAUUAGAACCUGAAAUGAAGAAGAAAGAGGAGGUGUUUUUUGAUCUCUUGGAGCAUCAGGGUAAUAGGACUAGUGCCUUGGAAGGAAGCUACAGGAUUUCAGACUAUGACUAUAAAGAAACUUUUGACAGUAUGCGAUGGCAUGACCCAGGUGAAGACUCGCAGCAGGAGUACCAUAGUGCAGAAGAACAAGAAUAUAUAAGUGACAUUUUAUCUUUUGACCAAACAAAAGCCUUAAGUAGAUCUAACCUGGAAGUUGGUGGACUAAGAAAUUCAGGUUAUGAAGCUCAACUGGCUGGCAAUCUAGUAGAUGAUCAUGUUAAAUUGGGAAGUGGUUCUGUCCUCUCUUUAGAUUCAGCUGAUGGUUAUGGACAAGAAGAUGUCUCCAAAUUCCAGAAUUCUGCUAUGUUAAGAGAAUAUCAUGGACUAAAGCAUGAAAAUUGUAAGGAACAAGAGACCAGUUUAACAUACCGGACAAUACUUGAUGAAAUUAUACUAAGCAGUACUCCUGAAAACCAGGAAUCUCAAUCUAAGAGUGAUUUCUUGAACCCUCAGAAAGCAUCAAAAACUAAAGUUUCCAUGGACGAAUUGAAAUCUCAAAUAACUGAAAGUAAGGAUUUUUGUGGAAGUACCACUGGUGAGAAAAAUAUGUUACAACCCCUUGAAGAUCCUCGUGUGUUACCCCAGGAAAAAGCGUUUGAGGUAUUACUCGAGCCCUAUAAAGAUUGUCAGACCUCCUGGACUUCAGCUUUUGAUGACUCAAGAAUUUCUGCCUGUGGAUAUUCACACUAUCAAGUUCUGCAAAACACCUCUGACUCAGCCUUAGAUUUUUCAGGUCCUCCACCAAGGAUUGCAGUCAAAGAUAAUCAGGCAGCAGAAGAUAGCUACCUGGCUGUUGCUAACAGCAAUGCCACAAAUCAAACCUGUUCUCGUGACAUGCAAGGAACAUGUCUGGAAUCAGCGGUGGAGGCUGCAGGCUGUACGGUUACAGUUAAUCAGACAGUGGACGUCAGUGCAGACUUCAGGGCUUGUUUCACAACUAGCAGGGCGACAAGUGCACGGCCUUCUGUGGUGUCCACGUCAAGCAACACAGAGAUCACAAUGAUGAAUAAAAAACGGCCUAGUGAGUGGCAGAGUGAGAAGCAAAGAAGUGUGGCUUGUAACACAGACUGGUCACACAGUCAAGACUGUAGAGAUGCGCAGAUGGCUGUGACAGAAGGGCCAGGAAAAUCUCUCUCAGUUGACAGUUUAAAGCCUAGUGGACAUGUCCUAAAUAAGGAUUCUCUGGAAUUAAGAAAAACAUUUGAUAACGCAGACUUAAAGAAACAUCCUGAGAGGGAAGUCCCACUUUCUAAAGAGAUGGGGAAGAGUUUGCCAGCCCAGUGCUGUCAGGAAGCAGUGCAGAGAGCCGUCAAAGCCGAGCUGUACCUUCUGCGUAUUCACUAUCAGAUGUGCCACCGCCACUGUUGGGACAUUUACAGACUUGUGAUGGAAAAUAAGGAGGGAGUGAAGAGGAACUUAACAAAUAAUUCUGCUAAGAAAGAAUUAGGAUCAGCGCUGCUGUCUCUCCUGGGAGACUUAAAAGCUAGAUACGUGAGUUUGAAAGAAAAAAUAAACAAAGGCAUACCACUGGAAGAGCUGCCCCCACUGUCAGUAGAAUCAAAAUUAUUAUCUAUCUUUUCUGCUUUUGCUUCCAAGCUAAUAGAAGAAGAAACACAUGUCCUUUCAGGAGCUGAGUCUGAACUUGAUAAUCAAAAUGUGCAUGAUGAUGAAGAUUCUUUGAGCCUGAGAAAGACACUCUCUCAAAUGUCUUUAUCUGAUCAUCGUCACCCUAAACAAGAUGCAUCACCUAAGAACGGUGGUUCGGAUAAUGGUGAUAUAAAUGAAGGCUUUAGUCAGCUGAGACUUGAUGAUCAAGACUGCAAAGAUUACCAAGAAAUGAGCGAAGACUGGUUUGAUGCUAAAGAGAACCUUACAGGAGUCGAUGUCUCUGGAAUACGGGCGAGCCAGGCAGAGCACGACCGCUGCAGUACAAAGCUGACGCCAGGGAUGAAGAAUGCUGAGUCCUUACGAAGAGAUAAAGGGUAUUUGAUCCACGUUGGGGGUCUCUGCCCUUCGGUGUCUGAGGACGAUUUAAAGUCUCUUUUCCAGAAAUACCAAGUGUCUGAAAUUUCCAUUUAUGGCUCCUCUACUAACUACAGAUACGCAUCACUUGCUUUUAAAAAAAACAGUGAUGCGAAGAGGGCUGUGACAGAAAUGAACGGGAUGGAGAUCGGUGGGAAAUCGGUCAAAGUGCGGCUUGUGAAGACUCCUGGAGAAUAUACAUCACCACUUGCCUCAAAAAAUGGAAGCAGAAUGAGUGUGAAUAACGUGGAAAGAAGCACCAACAAAGAGAUCAACUCGGUCUCCUGCAUUUCUCAGUUGCCCAGAACUAGGCCACGGCACCUGGGGUCCAAGCCAGACAGUGAGUUUUUUCCUUUCGAUCAGAAGGGUGUCAAGAAGAAUUGCAAAGAGAUUGAGUCUGCUAAAUUACUACCUGAGACGCUCACUCAGGCCGUUCCUUCACAUCCUCUAAACCUGCGUAGCCUCACCAAGAUCAUGCAGAGGCUGGCCGAGCUUCACCCGGAGGUCAGCAGAGACCAGAUUAUCAGUGCCCUUCAGGAAGUAAGGCAGCGCCAGGAAGGCCGUCUGAAUGGCUUGUCUGUUAACACUAUCGUGGAAAUGACGUCAUCGGUUCUGAAAAGCUCGGCUUCCAUUUAG